AUGGGUUGCACGUUUGCCAAAGUUCCCAAAGAUGGCAAAUCGAUGCAGGAUCUCAACCACACCACGACCACGGAGCCCCCUCAGGAUCCCAGAAUCCCGUUAACUGUGCGCCAGAAAUUCAGCAUCUCCAAAUCUUGGAAGGCCAUUGCAAGAGCUAUGGAGCAGACGGGGGUUAUCAUGUUUAUAAAAUUGUUCGAAGAUAAUGAAGAUAUUUUGCAUCUUUUCGAGAGCUUCAAGCAUUUAAAAUCCAGGGAAGAGCGGGAAGAGAGUGAAGAGCUAAGAGAGCACGCGACAAAAGUCAUGGAGACACUAGACGAAAGCAUCAUGUCCUUGGACAAUGUUGACCACUGUAUUGACUACUUGCACAACAUCGGAAGAACACAUAGGAAAAUUAAAGGAUUCAAAAGUGAAUAUUUUUGGAAAAUGGAAGAACCUUUCUUGGCUGCCGUAAAAGAAGUUCUCGAAGACAGAUAUACGGAAAACAUGGAAAGUAUCUACAAAACUACGAUCCACUUUAUUCUGCAAACCGUAGUAGAAGGCUUCGAUGGGACUCAAAAGCAGAACAGUGUGUGA